GACAUGGUAAUCAGAUAAUUAUUUAAACAAAAAUAAUUAAUACAAUUGUCAAGAGUUGAUAUAAUAUUUAUUUUUAUUUUGAAAAUGAAUCCUGAGGCUGAUUUGUGUUGGUUCCAUGGAAAAUUGUCUCGCGAUGACGCAGAAGGUCUUCUCAAAAAUGAGUUAAAUGAAAAUGGUACAUUCUUAGUAAGAGAAAGUAGCACAUCAAUUGGCGAUUACGUCUUGUCAGUGCUUUGGAACCAACAGGUUCAUCACUAUCAAAUUCGUAAACACAAAGAGGAUGCAUUUUUUUGUAUAGAAGACACUGAACCACCAUUACAUGGAUUAGAGACACUUAUUGAGAAUUAUAAAAAUAAAAAAGAAGGCUCGGGUUUAAAUGUUAGCUUGACAAAAGGUUACAAAGGUGAACCACCACCUCCUGAUACUCGUAGACACGGGAGAACUAAUUUACUCCACCGUGCUACUGGUGAAGGAAACUACACUAUUGUUUCAGAAUUAUUAAAAUGUGGAUAUCGGAGUUUGGAUGCAAAAAAUGAAUUAGGUCAAACAGCUGUUCAUUUGGCAGCUAAAGAUGGAAUUGAUGAUAUAUUGAAAAAGCUAAUUGAAAGUAAAGCCAGUGUUAAUUGUCGUGAUUCUGCUGGUUAUACUCCAUUACAUUAUGCUUGUCAAAGUAAUUUACCAAACACCGUGAGAUUACUUAUACAAGGAGGCGCUAAUGUUCAAGCGAGAAACACAUCAACUGGAAUGGUACCGUUACAUGAGGCAGCAAAAGCUGGACACAUUGAAGUUAUUUUAGCAAUGUUGUCAAUGAAUGUUCCUGUACAUCCUCGUACUGUUGCUGAUGAUACUCCAGCGGAUCUUGCCAGACGCAAUGGUCAUUAUAAAUGUGUUGAAUUAUUAUGUAAUUACGAUACACCAGCAGCAAGAGAAAAAAGAUCUGACUGGUACCAUGGGACAUUAAGCCGUCCUGAAGCUGUGAGUUUGCUUUAUGAAAAUGGUAAUAAAGAUGGAGCAUUUCUUGUAAGAUUUAGUGAUCGUUCUGUUGGAACUUAUGUCCUUACGGUAAUGUACCACAAUCAAGUAUUUCAUUAUCAAAUACAAAAAAAGGGUAAAUAUUUAUUUAUUGAUGAUGGCCCGUAUCUUGAUUCACUGGAGCACGUUGUAGAGCAUUAUAGAUGUAUGCCCGAUGGAUUACGUGGCCCACUUGUAUAUCCUAUUCCUCCAAAACCGAGACCUCCGAUUCCCGAAAUGCCGCCUUCUAUUUUUAAUCCAAAUACUUUGACAAAAAGAAAGGGUUCUGGUCCACGAAGUUUGCCCGCAAUACCAGUAACACCAGCAACACCAGCAACACCAGCAACACCAUCAUCACAACUUGAAUCGUACUUUCAAAAUUUAUCUUUUCAAAUGGACAUUAAAUCAGCUACUACCGAGAAUAUUCCUCAACAUUCUUCAGUAGAUACUAAUUUAAAUUCAAACUUUAAUUCCACUGCCUCUUAUAUUCAUGAUUUUAUUCCUGGUGAAAAUUUAAUUCUACGGCAGGUUCUUGGUGAAGGUGAAUUCGGAGAAGUUUACGAAGGAGAAUAUCAGACUUCAUCUGGCAAGACUGAAUCAGUGGCUAUAAAAACGUUACGGGAUUCGCAUAAUAAUGUUACCAGAGAAGAAUUUCUUCGUGAGGCACGACUUAUGAUGAAUUUAAAUCAUCAUUGUAUUGUUAAAUUAAUAGGAUUUUCUGAGGGACCACCAAUGUUGAUGGUUCAAGAGUUAGUAAGAUUGGGAUCAAUGUUGGCGUAUUUAUUGGAAUUUCCAGAUCGAAUAAGUUCAAAUUGUGAACUUAAAAUUUGGGCAUCGCAGAUUGCCUGUGGUAUGAAAUAUCUCGAAGAUUUGAGGCUAGUACACCGGGAUUUAGCUGCUAGAAAUAUUCUUCUGGCUUCAAAGCACCAAGCUAAGAUUAGUGACUUUGGUUUAUCUAGAACUUUUGGCUCUAACGAUUAUUACAGAGCAACUCAAGGUGGUAAAUGGCCAAUAAAGUGGUAUGCACCUGAGUCUUAUAAUUACGGUACCUUCUCUCAUGCCAGUGAUGUCUGGAGUUUUGGUAUUACACUUUGGGAAAUGUUUACUUACGGAGAGCAGCCCUAUGGUGAUCAACGUGGUGUAGAUGUAAUCAAGUUGGUCGAAGAUGGAGAACGGCUUCCUAAGCCAGAUGAUUGCCCCGAUGAAAUUUACAGUGUUAUUCUCAGUUGUUGGUCGUAUUUACCCGAAAAAAGACCAACUUUUGGUGAACUUUUUGAAUUUUUUAGCCGUGAUCCAGACUAUGAAAAUUUGAGAGAUGUUGUUGCUACAACAAAUCUUAGCUAAUAAUUUUUUAUUAAAAAAAAAAAAAAAAAACAUUCAUCAUUCUUACGACUG